UCCAUUCUCGAUAACAUUCGGAUCGUUAGGCAGUACCAAAUUCCAAGUAAAUUAUUUCUUGAAAACAUUUCAAAUUUCGUUACAAAUUGAAAACGACGCAAUGGUGUGGAAUGCGCUUUCUUUCUGGGAUGGUCAGCCGGUGACCUCGCCCGUUUAUCCCCAGAUGGGGGAUAUGAUGGACCCGAACACCUCCGGAUACCAGCGGACCCAUCAUCCUCAUUCCCAUCGCCAUCCCCAUCCCCAUACUCAUCCCCAUACUCAUCCUCAUCCCAUGUCCCAUCACAACCACUCCCACUCCCAGUCGCAUCAAAGCCCGAGUUGUUACCUGCGGAUGGACAUGGGCAUGGGCGACUUCCGGCAGAUGAGCUGUCCCAUGCCCAACUACAUCCCGCAGUUCCGGGAGCCCUGUUUGGACGACGGAGAGGCCUUCCGCGCCUACAACGGCAUGGACACGGACCAGGGCUACGCUGGCGGAGGACGACCUGGUGGUGGAUCCAGCUGCGGAUCCAGUUAUGGAGCCAACUAUGCAGCCGGGGCCAAGGGCGACUUCUGGUAGCGGUCGGCUCACCACUUCUUGGCGUUAUCUCAUCGAUUUUCUGUGCGUUUGGUCUUUGCAACUAUUAAAAUGUUUUCUGAAAGAGUGUU